AUGACGUUCCGCGACAGGUUUACUCGGCGGCUGAAUGACAGCGUGAGCCCCCAUCACAGAAGAAGUCCUUCCCGCCGACUGCGCUCAAGAAGAUCUCAGUUUUCGCCUACACCUUCGCCCACGCAGCCGUACCUUUCAUUAAUGUACGAAGACAUCAAGGCACUCAAGAAUGACUGGUUGACCGACAACAAUAUCGCCUUUUGGGAAGAGUUCUUAGAACGCGAAGUACUCUCGAAGUACCCGCAAGCGCAUAUCGUUUUGCUUCGACCCUCGAUGACUUUUCUCCUCAUGAAGAAUAAGGAUACUGAUAUGGUUCGAUCCGCCCUGCCCGAUUUCCGACAAAUAACGCACAUUUUCCUUCCUAUCAAUGAUAACCGGAAUGUUUCACAAGCCGAAGGUGGAAGCCAUUGGUCCCUACUCCUUGUGAGUAUUAUUGAUGGAGUCGCAUUUCACUACGAUUCUCUAGACGGUUCAAACAACGCCGAAGCUUGGGAGGCAUCUAAGCGACUCUCCAGCGUACUCGGCAGAUCCCUACGAUUUCAUUAUCUCCCCGACUCUCCCCAGCAGGAAAACGGGAGUGAUUGCGGCGUCUUUGUGUGCAUCGUCAUGCGACACCUGCUUGUUAAACGUCUCCUAGCCGUCAAUGCGGGAGAGAAGAUCUCGAUGAGCAUGGCCCAUAAGGCUAUCGAUAGUGUUGGAGCUCGAAAGGAAAUGCUUAAGAUAAUCGAGAAUUUACGCAAGGAAGGAGAACGAAGACGUCUCACACAUAGCAAUACGCCGCCUCGAAUCGAAUAG